AUGGAAAAGGUGCACGCCCGACUGGCUGCUUUGUGCAGGAAGACGCCAAUCGAGAUGGUUCAGGAUUGGAUUGAGGUCGAUGGUUGGAUCCAGGACACGUGGGCUGUAGCGGGCGAUAAUGGCUGGGUCAUGGUUCGCGACAAGGACAGUCUCAAUGGAAAGCAUGCGCACUGUUUCAUCUCUGGCGGCGGAGACGACACCGUCUGGGAUCCCGUCACAUACCAGCUGAUCCCAACCUUCACCUGCCACAAUUUCUACUAUACUCUGCCAUGGCAACCAGAGGACGAAAGGAACAAGGAUGAAUCAACUAUAAUAAAAAAG